GCCCAGGACGGGAGCCCCGGAGCCCCGGAGCCCAGGAGCCCAGGAGCCCGGGACCGGAGAAGCAUGCCCUCGCCCGCCACCGCCGGAGGACGGCGCGACACUGACGCGGGGAGUAAAUGAGGAAUAAAGGAAGCCCAUCUGAGAAGCUAGCGAAAUUCAAGACUGGCAAAGGAAGCCCAUUCAGCCUCUUCACGCUUGUGUUUUCAGGGACUGGCCAUUUCUCAGCCCCUGGAGGGAGAUUCCCUGCUCCAAGGAAGUGAAAAUAAUGAACUUUUGGAGGUACUGCCUUUUUGCUUUCACUGCGCUGAGUGUGGUUCUGUUUGUGAUACGUUACAACAGCCGAUUAAGCCUGCCCCAGAGGAGGCUGAAUGGUUCCAGCGAAAGGGACGCCGUAGUCAGUGCCUGUGAGGACGCCCUGGAAGAGAAGUCCGCUGCUCUCUGGGAGAGGACGUUGCCAUCGCCUUUGGGAAGUGUCCCCUGCGAGGACUACCUGAUCCAGAGCCACUACAUCACAAGCCCCCUGUCGGAGGAAGAAGUGGCGUUCCCUUUGGCAUAUGUCAUGGUCAUCCAUAAAGACUUUGGUACUUUUGAAAGGCUCUUCAGGGCUGUCUACAUGCCCCAAAAUAUCUACUGUGUCCAUGUGGAUGCGAAGGCCACAGAGGAGUUUAAGGCAUCUGUGUGGCAGUUACUGAGCUGCUUCCAAAAUGCCUUUAUUGCUUCAAAGACCGAGUCUGUAGUCUACGCGGGAAUGUCCAGGCUCCAGGCGGACCUGAACUGCCUGAGAGACCUGGUGGCCUCCGAGGUCCCGUGGAAGUACGCCAUCAACACCUGUGGGCAAGACUUCCCCCUGAAAACCAACAAGGAGAUCAUUCAGCAUCUGAAAGCUUUCAAAGGGAAAAACAUUACCCCAGGGGUGCUGCCUCCGGCUCAUGCAAUUGGACGGACUAAGUACGUCCACCAAGAGCACAGAGGCAAAGACGGCUCUUUUGUGAGGAACACGAAUGUUUUGAAAACCUCACCUCCACAUCAGCUGACCAUUUACUUUGGCACUGCCUACGUGGCCCUUACCAGGGAGUUUGUCAACUUCAUCUUCCAUGACCAAAGGGCCAUCGAUCUACUGCACUGGUCAAAGGAUACGUAUAGCCCCGAUGAACAUUUCUGGGUGACGCUUAAUAGGAUUCCAAGUGUCCCUGGCUCCAUGCCAAAUGCAUCAUGGACUGGUAACCUCAGAGCCGUGAAGUGGAUUGACAUGGAAGACAAACACGGAGGCUGCCAUGGCCAUUACGUGCGUGGCAUUUGUAUCUAUGGAAAUGGAGACUUAAAGUGGUUGAUUAAUUCGCCAAGCCUUUUUGCUAACAAGUUUGAACUUACUACAUACCCCCUUACUGUGGAAUGCCUAGAACUGAGACUUCGAGAAAGAACCUUAAAUCAGAGUGAAACUGCAAUACAACCCAGCUGGUAUUUUUGAUCGCCUGCAACUUGUGAUUGAAGGGAAGUCGCUGUUGGGAAGAAGAGCUUUUGAGAGAGGACUUCACCUUGGCCAACAGUUUCAGGACUGAGGUCAUGACCUCAGGAUCGGGCUCCACUAUUAUAUGUUGAAAUAUCCACUGGACAAUAAUAGGAGGCUGUGCAGAGUGGUCCUGGCCCUUUGUCCACUCUGGCUGUUUCCUAAUGCUCACCUCUGUGCCAGCUUGUUGUUCUGAUCAAUGAUCAUUUUCACUAUUGUCACAUCUUUGCACCAGAUAUUCACUAUAUAUAAAUGUUCUAAUCAAAAGGAGAAGUGUAUGUAAUAUGAUUUAGGAAAGAAGAACUGGGUUUCUUUGAAGAGGGAAUCUUUUAUAACAGACCUAUAGCCGCAUAUUAAUGAACACCACUCUUCUUUGCUCAACUGUACAUAGAUGUACAAGCAGCUUUCUGGAUAACUCACCGAUCGCCUUUCAAACUUGAGCUACUAGAACUGAAGAACUAGAUCCUGUUCCUGAGUUUUAGCACUAGCAUUUUCAGUUUUCUUGCUGAAGUUCUGUAUAAACUCAUUAACAGGAGGCAGAAUGUGCUUUAAGUAGUCACUGCCUGCUGCUUCAGUAAAAGGACUCCAGGGAAGCAGAACAUUUCUCGAUUAUAUCAGAAUGUGUUCUGAUCCCCCUUUCAUCAUUUUUCAUUGAGAACACUGAAAAGUUCUCACAGAAUGAAGAAACUCCUAGAAGAGAGGUGGUAUUGCAUGGAUCUAGUCUCAAGUCUCUUAUACCUCAGAAUGAACCAAUCUCGUCUGCCACCACCCUCCACCCCCACCAAAGUUAUCUUAACUGCAAAAUGGAGACCAAAUUCUAUCCUUGAGGCUUUAACAAGGCUAUAGUGUUCUCUGAGUGGCUUAACAAUGUCUGGUGCUGAUAAGAAUGCCUAGAUUUUUAAGAGCUUUAAAUUGUGGGUAAGCAUCCCUGCCAUUUAUCUCUUGUCCAUUCCCUCAUCCAAUUCAUUCAGCAUGCCAUCAGUAAAUAUUUAUUGUCUACUAUACACCAGACACAUGCUGAGACAAAGAGGGAAAAGUAAGACACAAGCUUUUUCACUCUAAAAAUCUUGGUAAUGUGAAGGUUGCAUAGACUGCUCUAGAGAACCUUAGAUAAUGGUUGUAUUUUAAUACAUUCACAUGUAGAUUGUAGAUUGUGAUAUCGAACCAAGGAUCUCAGUAAUUACAAACUGAGGUUUAAGUCAGAGAUCACUCAAAA